AUGCUCCCAGCCACAGUUAAACUUUGUUGUGGAAUUUCCCACCAGCAUUUCCGAAAUGUGACAGGUUUGAAGAAAGCAGCAAUGGCAAGUAUUGGGCAAGAAAUCACUCAAUUAAGACAAAGGGAACAACACCUGGUAAAAGAUUUACCUUGUGUUCUAGGGCUAAAAAAUGAUAUAGCAGAACCAAAAGGCAGUUCAAAUGCUCUUAAAGACAAAGAAUUGUACUACAUUACCCAAGGAAAAGAAGCUCUACAAAGGGCGCUGGAGAUUUUGGAUCAGCUGGGUGGAUGGCAGUAUGAAAUCACACAUACAAAUGGUGACACUGUUUCAAGCAAGGUAAUUCCUGAAGUGGGCAAGGUUUUUAAACUAGAGGCUGUUCUGGAUGCAACACCUAGGCAGCUCUACUAUGAAUUGUUUGAAAAGCUGGAAGAAAUAAGCACUUGGAAUCCAAAUGUCAGCAAAAUUCAAAUUGUUCAGAAGAUUGAUCAGAAUACAAUGGUAACACAUGAAGUUACAAGCCUGACACCAGGGAACCUGAUUGGCCAAAGAGAUUUUGUGAGCAUUAGACACUGCUGGAGACAAGACAGUGUGUUUUGCUUGGCUGGUGCUGCUAUUCAGAUAGAGUCCUUGCCACCACAGAAUGGAUUUGUAAGGGCUGAAGAUGGACCUUCAUGCAUUAUUGUUAAGCCCCUAGGAACUGACAAAAGUCAUUUCACAUGGCUUCUCAACAUGGACCUAAAGGGCUGGCUGCCAAAGUCUCUUGUAAAUCAAGCUUUACCUCAAGCUCAGGCAGAUUUUGUGAAACAUUUAAGGAAAAAGUUAUCAACAAGAAUAACAUCUGGGCAACGCUGA